GUCGCCAGUUACGACACGUUAAAAAGAAUCGCGUCGCGGGGUAAAUCUUGUAUCGUAGCAACCAUAGACGCGUAUCCUUCUAGAACACACACGGCUCAACGUUGCACAUCGUCGCGCACUCUGAAACACGAGGUACGAUGGAAUCCGCGGCGGUCUCGGUCUUGAAGCGAGCAGUGGAGAUGGACAAGAAAGAGCAAUAUACGAUGGCGUUGGUAUUGUACCAGGAAGGCGUGCAGAUACUCCUCGACGCGGUAAAAGAGACGAAGGAAGCAUACAAGGUGGAGUACCUUACGACCAAAGCGAGAGAAUAUCUUGACAGAGCCGAAAAGGUGAAGAAGUUGGUCAGUACGAGGAAAUCAGCUGGUAUAUACACAGAACUGGUUAAAAUCGAGGACGGAUCAACGGGGUAUGGCUACGCGAGUGUCUUCGGCAGAUUCUUGGACGGUACCGUCACUUCAAUUGACAUCGAAGAUCCAUACAUACGAGCCUUCCACCAGUGUCAGAAUCUGGUCAGACUAUGUGAGCUGGCAGUUCAAAAGUGCUGUGCAUUGUCCAAAAUCUCCCUGCUUACGACUUACAAUAUGAAAGAAUCUAGCCAAAUCUCCAGAUUGGCCGAGCUGAAAGAAAGUUUGGCGUCUCGUAAUAUUUCUUUUGAAUUUUCUUUCUCCGAGACGUUACACGACAGACAAAUCACACUGAGUAAUGGAUGGGUGAUAAAAAUUGGACGUGGAUUGGACUAUUUUAAAACGCCGGAAGGUAAAUUCGUUCUUGGCUCGUGCGAUCUAGAGUUAAGACCCUGCCAGGAGACUACUAUACACAUUCUUCAUCAAAACAAUCUUAUUGCGGACGGAGGACCAUCAAAAUAGGACAUAUUUAAUUAAUAAGAUAAUGGUUAAUCAUUGAUUUACAUUUUCUUCAUAAAUGUAUAUUAUGGCACAUUUCUUUAGUACGUGACAAAAGAAAACAUUUACAUUUUUACAGUGCGCAUCUCUUGCAAUACGCUGCGCGUCGAGAGUUACAUAUAUAUUUAUACAU